CUGAAACACACCCCUCUUGAGCUCUUCCUUUGAUAUCGAGGUGAAUGUUACAGGUAGGGCUAAAUCAACCACACACCUCAUACCUACAACGCUACGACUCGUUCGAGCGUAUUCCUCAACCUUUCCUCGGCGAGAAUGCGCACAUCGAUAAGAGCACUUUCGAUUCCGUAUCACUUCAUUCCCUUUCCAUUCACAUGUCUCCCAUUCCUACACCAUUCAAUCCCGGCGACUUGGGGGGCAAGAUCGUGGGUGCCGCUAACACUGCCGCGUCCGCCGUGACUUCCGUGGCACCCGUCGUGACCUCGGUCGCUCCUCAAGCGACCAAGAUCGCCGGCGAUGCAGCUCCUGUACUCGCCGAUGUCGCCAAAAAUGCUGCAGGAGGUUUCGAUCUGGAAAAGAUGGCCAAAGAAAUGGCGAUGCUGAAGUUCAAAGAAUACCUUGAACUCGCCAAGAAUUAUGUCAGAGAGGUUUGGAAGUCCAACAGGGGGCUCUUACAAUUCAUUAUGCUGGUGCUCAUUGUGUUGCUUUGGAGACAGCUAUCUCGCUGGGUCGCUCAGCUAUGUGGUCAAUGGGUAUUCUACCGUAAUCGGAAACAAGGCAAAAAAUGGUUGCGACAACUAGUCCCGCCUCUCCCUAAGGACGAAUGGGAUGAAAUGAAACGCAAGGAGAGAGAGCUAGCAAGCAGAGAUAUAUCGGCACAGAGGAUGGCGAGAGUCAACAAGCUCUUUCAAGAGACUCCAAUUCCCGACUUCGAUCUCUGCCGAUCUAGUAGGCUUCGCACGGACCUCGAAAAAGUUUGCCGUUUCAAAGGCUCCAUCUUGAAGUGGGCACUCAAAUGGAUCUUAUACUAUAUCGGCCUGUGGUGGAUCGCGGAUUUCCGAGCGGAUAAAGACCGAUACAAGAGUAUAUUCGACAAGGCGGUCAAAGAGCGGGAACAACAGAAUGAGAAGACCGGGUAGAUGGAUGAAUGACCCAUGUCUGCACCUGUGGCGCUAGGCCGUGAGGUCGUAUGGCUUAUCGAAUUAGAAUACGGACCCUAUGGGCCACUUUUUCAUGAUCGGCUCAUCCAAUUCAUCUCCUCGCCCAUCCCUCGCUUGUAACCUAAGUACGCCUGCCCAAGCGAUCAUGGCUGCAUUAUCGGUGCAAAGUGCGACCUAGAACGACGUUUUCAGCAGCAUGAUCAUGCCAUCAGGCCCGUUGCCAAACUUACGGGCGGAAAGUACAGUGGCAAGCCAGUGCCCGGGCUCCGCUCAGCCAAUGUCU